CAAAUAUUAAACGUCAGAAACUGAUUGUCAAUUGUGUUAUUGGCUCCCAGCUUAUAUUUUUGUUUUAUUUUUUAGCAUGAUAACACAGUUAUUUUUGUUUUAAGCAUUGGAGCUGAGAAAGUUGUUGUAGCAUAGAAGCAUGUAUGUCAGCUAGCACUAGAUAGUUGUGCUUGUUGUCAUGUUGGAGACCAGAUCUAUUCGUGGAAUGCCGGAACACUCUUGGAACAACUACGGUACAAGAAUUUCUCCUCACCAAAUGGCGACACCAAUCAGACAUGGCAAAAGUGGCCAAGACGACAUUUGUUAUGUUGUGGCAAAGUACGAUUAUGAACAUCAAGGGCCACAAGAAUUAGACUUAAAGAAGAACGAGAGGUACGUUCUUCUAGACGACUCAAAACAUUGGUGGAAAGUUCAAAAUUCACGUGGUCAAGCUGGAUAUGUACCAAGUAACUACGUGAAAAAGGAGAAACCUUCACUUUUUGAUAGCAUUAAGAAAAAAGUAAAAAAAGGUUCCGGAUCAAAAACUCUUCCCUCCAACAAUUCCCCAUCUCGUACCGUAGAAUCUCCAAACAUGGCUAGACGACUCCCAGCUGAUCCUUCUGAAGCAAUCGGAGUCGCCAUUGUCAAAUAUAACUACCAGGCUCAACAGCCCGACGAAUUGUCACUUGUCAAAGGCUCUAGGAUUCUCAUUUUAGAAAAGAGCAAUGACGGAUGGUGGCGAGGCCAGAGUAGUAACAUUUCAGGAUGGUUCCCCUCGAAUUAUACACAGGAAGAAGGAGAAGUCGACGAUACCUUGCAUACAUAUGCAAUGGCAGAGAACGUUCUGGAUAUUGUCGUAGCUUUAUAUUCGUUUUCGUCAUCAAAUGAACAAGAAUUAUCCUUCGAAAAAGGAGAUCGACUCGAAAUAUUGGAUAGGCCAGCUAGUGAUCCAGAAUGGUAUAAAGCAAGAAAUUCCCAAGGGCAAAUCGGUCUAGUGCCAAGGAACUACUUGCAAGAGCUGAACGAUUAUCUGGACCGUCCAUUGUUACAAGAAAGAAACAGACCCGGACCGAUGGAAACGUCAAUGGAAAGGUCAACGGUGUCAAUGACGGAUAAGCCUCACCUUAUUGACAGACCUUGGUACUAUGGUAACAUCACAAGGUAUGUGUGUGAUAACAUACUGAACCAGCACGGACAUGACGGUGAUUUUCUCAUAAGGGACAGCGAAACGAAUAUGGGCGAUUACUCUGUGUCUCUGAAAGCCCCCGGUAGAAACAAGCAUUUCCGCGUGCACGUCGAAGGCGCUCUUUACUGCAUAGGUCAACGAAAGUUCCACACAUUGGACCAGCUGGUGGACCACUAUCAGAGGGCGCCCAUUUACACCAACAAACAGGGCGAGAAACUCUAUUUAGUUCGUCCUCUGCCGAAGACAAAAUAAUAAUAAAUCCAUUCACUCAAGGACUUCCUAGAAUUAAAAUAUGUGCUAUCCGUGUGAGUGUUCAUUUUGUUUAUUUUAUUAUUAUUUUUUAGUCAUUUAGACAGUUAGUACUCAAUGACGAACCUAUGUAUAUCUGGU